GAAGACUUCAGCAGGACACGGGACACUAAAAGUUACAGGUGUGUUUCGAUUCAUAACUGAAGCAAAAUGUAGAGUUGCUCAGGUGAGUCUCUUCAAAUACAGCAACUCUGAAGGAUUGUGUGGAAACUGAAGCUGAGCUUGAAGGAGUGAUGGUGGCCUGCAGCCCUCUGACCUUCUGAGUGGCCCCAGUCAUACGGGACAGGAAUGAUUUACUUGGCUCACACAGCCCACUGGCAGUUCCUGGGACUAAUAUUUGGGUUCCUGGCAUGGAUCUUUACAAUGGUUACAGCUGGCAUCAACAAGUGGCGGCUUUGGCGUGUAGCUGAUGUAUCCAUCAUCACCUCAGGUGAGGCCUGGGUGGGCAUCUGGAGGGCAUGCUUCUACAGCCACGUCUUCCCCAGGGCUGAGAACUGUCAUUCCCUCAGCAUCUCGGACCCCUUUGUUCCAGUGGAGAUCCCGGUUGCUCAGGUUCUAAUGGUGGGGGCGAUGAUCUCUGGCCUGGCAGGGAACAUCUUUGCUGCAAUAGCCAUGAGGAUUGCCUAUUUCUCAGUGGAAGAUCGUAAGAACAUCAGGAUGGUGUUUGUCAUGGCGGGUGUUCUUUAUCUGCUUACAGCAACAUUCUUGUUGGUUUCUCUGGUGUGGAACAUGAGCUCUGUUCUGAACAACAGUACCAUAGACUUUCCACAAGAAUUUCACCUCCCUGCCGCUCCUGUCAGCCAGAGAGUUGGUCCGGCCAUAGGUAUGGGUGUCUUUGCCUCCAUUUUGUUGAUCAUAAGUGGUGGCCUCUUCCUCUGCUAUCGGUAUGUGCGACAGGCCCCGGAGCCAUCCAGGGACCCGCUCGAUGGGCCUUGGACUGUAAUGACACUGACAAAGAUGGCUGCAUUGUACAAAGAAGACAGCCACGGAAAGGAUAACCCUGCAUUACACUGCGAAGACAUUUCAUGAUGGUUUCACAUGAAUAUUUUUAAUAUAUAACCGUCCCCUUAGAAAAAGACAAAUAAAAGCAUAUGUUUUAAUCAACUUCAUUAUCAGAAGUUUUCAGUGAAUGAUAAGUUUUCUGACCAGAAAAUCAUCCAGAAUACUAGUUUAUAUCAUGAAAUGUAAAAAAAUGAAAAACUGUUUUUAAAGAUGGACAAUUAUGAACUUUAUGGUACAUCAAAAGUACAGAUAAUUACUGCUUAAAAUAUCAUUUGAUCAUAUCAAAUAAAACUAACUGAAAAUCAGUAUUUUUGUUGUCACAAAAUAGAUCUUGCUCACAAGGGGCCUGCAGGCUCAUCAGUACAAUCAUAUUGAUUUUUACUGUUAAAUGUGAAUUUAACAGUAAAUUUAUCAGAAAUUUUGAAGUG